ACUUUUGCUUUGUUUAUGUGAAGGCAUAUGAAAUUAUGAGAGAGAGAGAGCCAGAGAACGGAGCUUUUUCUUCGUUUGUUUUUGCUGAUAUGUUCAACCUUUGCUUUGGGUUUAUUUUUUGAAAAACUUGAAACAAAUUCACUCUCAUUAUUCUCUCUUUGCUCAGCCUUUUGCCCAAACCAAAUAUGGAGGCUCUCUCUUUGCUCGACCUUUUUCCCAAACCAAAAAUGGAGGAUCUCACUUUGUUUCCGUCCGAAUCAAAUAUGGAGGAUCUCUCUUUGCUCAGCCUUUCGCCCAAACCAAAUAUGGAGGCUCUCUCUUUGUCCAUGGAGGCUCUCACUUUGUUUCCGUCCGAAUCAAAUAUGGAGGAUCUCUCUUACGAAAAUCUGUCUCGUCUAGUCAAAAGCCCAGAUCUCCUUUCUCGUUUGCUACCUUUAAGGCUUGAUGGGGGAGAAAAAAAUGUUAGCUUUCAAUGGCUCGGCCCACACUUUCUAACUUUUCUCAAAUAUGUAAAAGAAUUAUUGCGAUGCUUCUCUCCAGACUGCCGCAUACCAUUUACUAUGCACAGUCCUUAUUGUCUAUUGAAGUAUCUCGAUGAUUCAGCCUUCGAUUGCAUCUUAUACGAAGAGAUCGUUUCUCAUCACGAUAAUGAACAUUACAAAAACUUUUUAGAAAUCAUUCUCGCUUCCAUGCCAAAGCUUAACAAAUUUUUCACAAUUGAAACACAGUGUCAUCCCACUGAACUGAAAAUCUUCAUCGACUUUCUUUUUGAAACAAUUCGAGAAUUGCUUAAAUGCCAAAAGGAUUCCACUGUUCUUGUGAGUAAUCGACUCGAAUGUCUUCCUAAGGGGUUGAAAUUUCUGCUUACCUUUCUUUUUUAUCCAAUUCCAAGCUAUGAGGAAAAACUGAAGGAGAGUAUAUUCACAGAAAUUGAAGCUGUAUUUAAUGAAGCAGGACUUUUCUUGCAUUCUUUCUUUUUCACCACAGAUCUUGUUACCACCACCAAAAUGGAUCUUGCAAUUUUUGGUCUGUUAGAAAGGAUUGAGAUUGUGCUAGUGAAGAUUAAAUAUUACAGCAUUGCAGUGUCAAGUGAAGUUGGAAUUGGAAGCCUACAAGUUGCAGAAAGUCCAAGUGAAGUAUCAUCAUCCCAAGAUAAAAGCAGUCCCAUGGUAGAAGAGAUCGUUGUGGGCUUAGAGAAAACGACAACAAAAAUUCUGAGCGAGCUUGUUGGAGGACCAAACUACCGCCGGAUUAUUUCCAUCGUUGGAAUGGGUGGACUUGGCAAGACCACCUUAGCAAAGAAAAUAUACAAUCAUUCCAAUGUUCGGUACUAUUUUGAUAAGCUUUCUUGGUGUGCUGUUUCUCAAACUUAUAAUAAGAGAAAGCUGUUGAAAGAUAUUUUGAGCUCCUUAAGUAACCUUAAAAAAGACGAUAUUUCAAAAAUGGAAGAUGAAAAGUUGGCCGAACAACUUUACAAAAAUUUAAAGGGUAGAAGAUACCUCAUUGUUAUGGACGAUCUAUGGGAUAAAGAAGCAUGGGAAGAUUUGAAAAGGUUAUUUCCAGAUGACAAAAACAGAAGCAGAGUAUUGUUCACCAGUAGGCUGAAAAAUGUGGCAUCGGAAAUUUCUCAUUUUAUCAUUGUACCUCCUCCCCUCUCACCAGACGAACGUUGGAAUUUAUUAGAGCAGAAGGUGUUCAAAAAAGAAUGUUGUCCUCAAGAGCUGCAACAUAUUGGAAAGCAAAUUGCAGCAAAUUGUAAGGGAUUACCACUUGUAGUAGUUUUGAUAGCUGGAAUUCUUUCAAAUAUGGAGAAAAAAGAAAGCUUAUGGCAACAAGUUGCAAAAAGUUUAAGUUAUUACAUUUUCCAAAAAGCAGACGACUACAUUCCCACAUUGAAACUCAGCUACAUCCAUUUACCAAAUUACUUGAAGCCAUGUUUCCUCUAUCUUAGUGCAUUCCAGGAAGACAAGGAAAUUCCAGUUCGGAAGCUAUUAUCACUAUGGAUAGUCGAAGGAUUCAUAGAGAAAAGGGAGCAAAGGACCUUAGAAGAUGUAGCAGAGGAGUAUCUAAUUGAACUUGUUGACAGGAGCCUACUUCAAGUGUCCAAAAGAAGACCUGACAAUAGAGUAAAAAUAUGUACUCUGCACGAUCUAGUACUCGAUAUGUGCAGCAAAAUGGCUGUAGAAGAUGAAAUUUUUCUAUUUCAACAUCAAUUCGUGCUAUCUAAGAAUCGCCAUCUCCAUCGCUUGUAUAUGGAUCGGUUUCAUCAAGUCUUCAUAUCUGAGAAUAUUUUCGAGGCCUUUUCCAUUGCUUAUAAUUUGGAAAAAAUUAGGAUCUUGGAUUCAGGGAAUAAUGAAAAUGUUCAACUGGGAAUCAAAUUUAUGCCUGACUUGAGGUACUUGGAUCUUUCAAAAUUAGAGCCAUCAAUAGGCAAACUCCAUAACCUUGAAUAUCUUUGUUUGGAUCUCAUAAAAGAAGUACCAACAUACCUUCUCAAUAUGCCUAAGUUGAGACAUUUAGGUAUCAAUGGCAAGUAUGAUGGUGUAAGAUUCACUAAGAAUAGUGAUAGCUUGCGAAUAAAUUGCCUACAAACCCUUGGUCACGUUAUGAUUGUCGAUUCGGAAGACGAAGAAAUCUUGAGAUAUUCACCUAAUCUUCUUACGCUUAAAUGCCAAUCCUCAGGCAAUCACUUUCCUGAUCUCAACUUCCUUUCUCAGCUUCAAUCACUCACAAUUUUAGGACAUUGGUUCGAAGGCGAUUACUCGGUGGUUAAAUUUCCUAUGAAUAUCAAAAGGCUUAGUUUUCAUGGAAUUUGUUUGCCUUGGGAAAAGAUGUCAUUAUUUGGGACAUUGCCCAACCUCGAGAUUCUAAAAUUAUAUGGCAGCCACUUUUCAGGAAAAAUUUGGGACACCAAGGAUGAUGAGUUCCAAAAACUCAAAUUCCUUAAAUUAGAGGCUCUAGAACUUGAACAUUGGAAUUCGUCACACAAUCAUUUUCCUGUACUUGAACAAUUGGUGUUGCUAGAAUGCGAAGUUUUGGAGAAGAUUCCUUCUGAAUUUAGUGACAUUUCAACUCUACAGAAGAUUGAGGUACUUUAUUGUGGUAAAAAUGUUGAAACUUCAGCUUUGGAAAUUCGUCAAGAACAACUGGAUUAUGGUGAUACAGAGUUUGAUGUGACCAUCUUUAGCAACUGGUCGUGAAGACAACUUCGUUCUACUGGUGUACACCGUAUGCAGGAGGUUAUAGGCUUUUUUGGCCAACCAGUUGCCUACUAAAAUGCUCGAAAACCAUGAGCUACGGCCGCAAUCGACUGCCCUUGAGAAAUGAAACAUCUAAAAUCCAAGCUUGGACCCAACCCGUCGACAAUGAGAAUGCUGUGACAAAUGAGAAUAUGGGGGAUAGGCUAUUCGAGACAGAGGUGCGGGUUGAACAAGCCAGGGCAAGAGAAGCCGAUAAACAGAACAGCUAGAUCACCUGGCUCGCUUCUACUCGUCUUCUUUGACUUCCUCAGUUUCGAUAUGCCCCUUAUUUUUACUCAUCUUCUUGGAAAACUGGAGAAAUUGAUACUUGUGACUUCCUUUUUCUUUUAUGCAGCUAGAUAAGUUGGCAGGGAGAUUGGCAUAAGUUGAAAUGCUGAGUCAUAGCAGGGAGGGACAGAUUAGUUUAUUAUCUGCAUUCAAUUCAACUUUUGUUUGGUUGGCAAUGGAGUUUGAUGAAAAUUGUUAAUUGUUUAUUUGUUGGGAUACAAAGUAUUAGUGGGAAAUAAUAAUUUAUAAUGAAUGAUACUUUUGAUAUUUUGCAAGA